AUGAAAAAAGCUCUUUGGGAAAAUGGUGUAAAAAUAUCCUUUGGUGCAUUAGGAAUAAUUUACUUUCUUUACUUAAAACGGCAUUUGAUUCAAGAAUGGGAUAUAUAUCAAACAAAAAAAAGGGAGAGAGAUAUUAAUAUAAAUAAAGUUCGAUUUUCUGAAGACAAUGAAAAUAUCAAACCCAUAUUGGAUGAGGAAAAAAAUAAGACAUACAGAAGGAAAAUCGAUUACAAUAAAAGGGAAUGA